UCCCCCGUGGAGGGCACAGAGAGCAGCGGGGCUUUUGGUGCGGCUCUGCUUUGUCCCACAUGGCUUUCAGCCAGCUGAAAUUCAAGGAAUUGGGCGAGGAGGAGCCCACCUGGGAGGAGGAGAACCUGGAGAGCGUGAAGGCGCUGGCGGCCAAGCUGAAGCUGCAGACGCGCAGACCCUCGUACCUGGAGUGGGAAGCGCGGGUGAGGGGCUGGGGGGCACAGCCCAGCCCCGGGCACCCCCGGCAGCAGCAGGGCGGUGGCGUUUGUGGCUUUGCCACCGUGGAGGCGGCUCUGGAGUGGCUCAGGACGGAGCUGCGGGAGAUGCAGGCCCUGGACCAGCGUCUGGCGCAGCAGCUGAUGCGGCUGCGGGCGCGGCUGCACCGGCUCAAGGUGGAGCAGGCGUGCCACCAGCACAAGGAGAUGCUGGACGACGCCACCUUCGGCCUCGAGGGCUGCGAGGAAGACUCGGAUCUGCUGUGCACCAUCCCCCCCAAGGCCGCCUUCCUGCUCUCCACGCCGCUCAAGCACAUCGGAGUCACCCGCAUGAACAUCAACUCCCGCCGCUUCUCGCUGUGCUGAGCCCGCCCGCGGGGACACCCUGGGGACACUGCGGCUCUUUGGGGACCCCCGGGGCUCGGGGCAGGUCGUGCUGCCCCCAGGGUGAUGCCACACUGCGGUGGCACGGAGUGGCGCCGUCCACGUGGGUGUCAACAUCCUCAGGGCACGGGAAUGUCACCAUCUCCAUGGGCACGGG